AUGGGCUGCCAGCGAAUGGAGAUCACACGCUGUGGCACCUGCUCAACCUUGUCUUUGUUCUUCCAUAUAGACAUUGCGCAGUCUACCCCCGGCGAGCACCUGCACGUUGUGGGCUCGCACGAGGGUCUCGGCGCGUGGAAUCCCGACAAGGGAGCCCGUCUGACAACCAACGAGCGAACAUAUCCUGUGUGGCGAUCUCGACAGAUCGAGUUGAGAUGCGCACCGGAAGAUUCUUCCACGGUGCUGGUGCUCAAGUACAAAUAUGUGCUUGAUCGCCGCGAGCUCAAACAGGGCUUCCAGUGGGAAGAAAACAUCCCCGAUCGCGAGGUGCAGAUACCGUGGUCGCAGGAUUGUGACUGUGCUGUAUGGUUGAUCAGAGACUCGGCCUUCAAUCGGGAAGGUGCCACCAAAGUCACGAAGCUGGCUCCAGGAGCAAAGCUCCUGCGCUCUCCACAGCAAGAGACGAGUGAAGGACUGAUCUCUGUGCCGGAAGAGACUCCAGAGGCAGAAGAGCCAACGGAGACACCACUCUUCGAUGCUAAGUAUGCCUUAGUUGGACGCCGCCCAUUUGCAAAAGGUGGCUUCAGUUCAGUGUGGAGAUGUCGUCGCCAAGGCUCAGCUGGAGUUGGAACGGAGGAGUUCGCGGCGAAGCGCAUCGAUUUGGCAGGGCUGCAUGUCAAAGGCAAGCGAUGUAUCUUCGGCCAUGGCGUUCAACCCGGAGAAAUACGCUUGCAUCAGAAUCUUCACCAUCCGAACAUCGUCGAGUUGAUCGAUACUUUUCACGAUGACAGCAGCAAGAUGGUGUCCCUGGUUCUGGAGUUCUGCAAAGGUGGAGACCUACUGGAAGUGAUGUCACGCCAUCGUGAAAAGAACAGCAAAGGACUCAGAGAAUCUGCGACACGAAGGGCCAUGAAGCACACGUUUCAAGCGCUGGCCUACCUUCACGAACAAGGCGUGGUGCAUCGAGACGUGAAGUGUGAGAAUGUGUUCAAAGUUGAGGCACCCAAUACCGUCGACCUUGAGGAUUGCACGUACAAGCUGGGUGAUUUCGGCCUUGCUGCGUGCGUGAUGCCUGACGAGGUGUUGAUGGACCAGGUGGGCUCUCCUUCGACUUCAGCUCCGGAAGUCGUGCGAGGGCGCCCCUAUGGCAAGCCGGCCGACAUGUGGUCUGCAGGAGCUGCAAUCUACACGCUCCUUGCGGGCAGGAGGCCCUUUGAAGCUUCCAGCUACAUGCAGAUGGUGAGGGUCAUGAGCAAGGUCGAGGUGUCCUUCAGCGACGACACCUGGUCUCGAACCUCGAAGGCUGCAGUGGAUCUCUUGGGCGAGUUGAUGCAGGCCUUCAUCUGGCAACAUUCUCAAGCAUCCCUGGUGCCAACGAGAACACCGUGCAUGCACAACCUCCUAAGGCUUGCUGCGUCGCAGACCGUCCGCAAAGAAGGACCCAACGACUGGCGGGCAAUUGCUUCAUCGUUUCUUGACGUUGUGCCUGGCAAUUGCACAUUACACCCCAGCCAUGGUUAG